AUGGAACCUACAUUGUCUCAGGGUUACGGGUAUUUGGUUAUUUUUGUUGGAAGUAUUUUCUUCUUGGUAUUGUUAAACAGUAUUACCUAUUUACAAAAUAAGUACAGCACACAUAACUCCAAGAAUGUCGAUGAAUUUGUUUCUGGUAGCAGAAGUGUUAAAUUUGGUCUUUUGUUGGCUGGUAUAGUUCUGAGUUGGACAUGGAGUUUAACUUUGUUGGAAUCAGCGGUCAAGUCAUAUACUUUUGGAAUUCUGGGUAGUAUGUAUUAUGCCUGUGGUGGUCUAUUACAAGUUUCUGUGUUUUCAAUAAUCUCCAGUAAAAUUAAGAAGAAUGCCAACUUAGUUACAACAUUUCCAGAAAUGGCUUAUUUUAGAUUUGGAACUGCUGGACAUCUAUCAUUUCUAUGGUGUGGGUUUGUAUGUAAUGCUAUUGUGCUGGCAUGUAUUCUUUUAGGUGGAUCUGCUGUUGUACAAGCAAUAACUGGAGUUAGUCAAUAUGCAACAUUAUUCUUGGUUCCAUUCUUUGUUGCAUGUUAUAUUUCUUUUGGGGGACUUCGAUCUACUUUUAUUUCUGAUGCUAGUCAUACUUUAAUUAUUCUUAUCUUUAUUAUAGUUUUCAUGUUUGAGGUUUAUGUUGUUAGUGAUAAAAUUGGAUCGGCGCAAAAAAUGUGGGAAUUGUUGGAGUCCUUACCUCCUGUUGAAGGAAACUAUAAAGGAUCUUAUCUUACUUUCAGAUCAGAACAAGGUGUUGUCUUUUUGAUCAUCAGUAUUAUCACUGGAUUUGGUUUGGUUGUUGCUGAUCAAGCAUAUCUUCAACGAGCAGUGGCGGCUGAUCCAAGGGUUACUUCUAAAGCUUAUUUUUAUGCAGCAUUGUGUUGGUUUGUUAUACCAUUUGCAAUGGGUGCAUCACUUGGUCUCGGUGCCCAGGCCCUUUCUGUCUAUCCUGAUUUCCCUACUUUAUCAGACUUUGAAAUUGGAGAAGGUUUACCAGCUGUAGCUGCAAUAACAUACUUGUUGGGUAAAUCUGGUUCAGCGAUAAUGUUGGUUAUGAUCUUCUUUUCAGUAACAUCAUCUUUUGCUGGUGAGUUGAUUGCAACAUCUACUUUAAUUUCCUACGACAUAUAUAAGAGAUACAUCAAACCUGACGCAUCACCAAAGGAAGUGGUUAAAGUUUCCAAGAUUGCUGUAUUUGGCUGGGCAAUUUUUUCAUCAGCUCUAGCAUCAAUAUUUCAUGGUGCAGCAAAAAUAUCUAUGGGAUGGUUGUUUAAUUUCUUGGGGUGUGCCACUGCCUCUGGUGUAUUCCCCAUAGCUUUGUCGUUUACUUGGAAAGAUUUAAAUAAGGCAGGCGCUGUUGGUGGUUCUGUUGGGGGUAUGAUUUUGGCAUUUAUUGUUUGGUUGAUUACUUGUAAGACAUAUACUGGAGAGAUUAAUGUGACCAAUUUAUCUAACCAAUGGGUAUCUUUUGCUGGAAAUGUUACUGCAUUGGUAAUGGGUGGUGUUAUAUCUAUUACAUUGUCGCUAAUCUGGCCAGCAAAUUUUGACUUUGAGAAUACAAGAAAUCGAACAGCAUUGGUUAAAGAUGAGCGUGAUGCAAAUCAAACUGAUUCUUCUGGUCAAGUUGACGAAAUUCAAGUUGAAGUUAGUAACAAUGAAGGUGAAAAACAAACGGGCACACAAAUUGUUGGAAGCUCAAAGGAUUCGGAUAUUCUGAUUGAUGUAGGAACUACAAAUUCAGAAUUGGAUAUGGAUUUGAAUGCAGAGAUUGAUCAUAAAUACUUGGAUCGGGAGUUUAAAAAGUAUAGUAUCUUGGUUGCCAUAUUGGCAUUAGUAUUGGUCAUAAUUAUCCCUGUUGGUUUAGGUGCUUCUCCUUAUGUAUUUUCUCCAGGAUUCCUACUUGGUGUUGUCAUCAUUACUAUCAUUUGGUUGUUCUGUUCCAUUUUUUAUGUCGUUGUAUGGCCAAUAAUUGAAGCUAGAGAGUCAAUUUGGAGAAUCACCAAGCAGAUACUUUCUAGAGAGUAA